AGACUCACAAAACGGCAAUGGAAAAGAAAGAACAAUUUUGCAUUUUUGAGUGUGGAAAAUACUCAAACCCAUUCUCUCAGCCCUUCAUGGGCUCACAUGAGUGUAUUGAUAAGUACAGGAUCAGAGAGGAGAAUUUAGUAGCCAAAGCAUCAUCUCCUUGCGAAGCUAUGCAUCAUUCUCACCAUCAUCAUAAUAAUGAAGAUAUAAUGUCACCUUCCAGAAAUUUUGAUAAUGAGUUUGACAAAUGCUCUCUCGAUCAAAUGUCUGAGAGGGCAUUCCAAGAGCAACUAAACUCGAACGUCCCCUUAUCCGAUAAGGAGUAUCAGAUCCAGUUGAAAGAGGUUGCUGGAGACACUCCCGACUUCGGUGAACUGUUUGAUCCACUUGACUUUUAUUGUGACUCCGAAAAAGAAGAAGAGGCUCUUGGUAACAACACAAAGCCAUGCUUGACUAAUAAAGAUUUCCAGAGUAUCCCAGACCUUCAGGCGCAAAUCGAGCCAGAUUUACCUCCUAUAUCUAUUAUAAAAAUUCAGCAAAAGAAGGAAGCCGUGCCAGCCUUGUUGAGGAUCACCAACCAGAGUAUGCCCUCAAUUAAGGAGGAAAGGAAGGAUGAAGUCUUUCCUUCUCAGGAUAGGACACUUUUAAUGAAACUUCCAGAAGAAAAUACUGACAUGAAUCCUACCAUAUCUUUCAAAAAGGAUACUCUACCGGAUAAUAUACCAUUAGAAAUCGCCACAAAGCCCCAGAAUUCUCAAGAAGAGGAAAAGAAUAGCUUUGAGUGGAAUAACUUCCUUGUAAGAAGAGCUUGCUUCAGAGGCCUGAGUGAAUUCUACAAGAAGAAGUUCAGCAAGAUUAAUAUCUCCUGGCAGAGGAAGAGAGUGAACAAGAAGAAGAAAACUCCUAUGCACGACCUUAUUAAACAGUUUGCUACAAACCAGUUCGGUAACAUGAUUGAUAACUUGAGCGAAGAACAAUGGAGAGAUUUUAGAAACACCCUUUAUAGCGUCCUCUUCUCCCACAGAUAUAAGAAGACUGAUGAUUUCCUUGAAGGAGUCGACUUUUCAAUAAUCAGAGGCGUGUUGUACUCAUACACAACAGAGCUUCGGGUGGAGCUCUUGACCAACCCAUUCUUUUCUAUAAUGAUGCUAAAGUUCUUAGAAAAGGGUAAAUCUUCAUUUCUCAGAGAGAAACUGAAGGGGAAGCCUGCUCUCUACUGAGAAGAGGUCAAAUCUGAAUUGGCCUGACUCGAAGAAGAGGCAAAAGGCAACCUAUCUAACUAUAAAUUCGUCGAAUAAAUAUUAGCAUAUUUUCCGAUUUCAA